UUGACUUUGUUUCUGCUUAAUUUUACUUCACAGGGCCACUCCAGUUUUGUGACCCACUUGGACUGGUCCGCCGACAGCCAGUACAUCGUCACCAACUCAGGAGACUACGAGAUCUUAUUCUGGGAAGCCGCGAGUGGCAAACACCUGACCAGUGCAGACACUGUGCGGAACCUGGAGUGGGCCACCUCCACCUGCGUGCUGAGCUUUAGUGUGUUCGGUGAGUGGGUGCUCACCCCUGGGGCUGCUUUAGUGUGUUCGGCUCCAAGUCAUGUUUACAAAGGCCACAGCAGCCAUGUGACCAACGUUGCCUUUCUCCAUGACGACAGUCACCUGAUCUCUACCGGAGGGAAGGACAUGAGCAUCCUGCAGUGGUCGGUCGUCUAGGGAACUCUGCUGCACCUUCACUGGAGCCUCCUGUCCACUAGAGGGCAGGACUGCUGUGCCUAAAACUGUCUUUACCCUGCUCUCCUACUCCUUGCUGUCUGAGUGUACUGUACUGUACUGUGCUGAGUAGCCACUAGAUGGGGCUCUGGCAAAAGAGAAAUAGCAUGUCAAGAAGAAUAUUUAAAGCUAUUUAAAGAGCUGUAGCUGCUACAUGUGCCGUUUGCAGAAGUCUAUAGCGAUAAAGAUAUAUAACCGAGUGGCUGUUGUAUUUUAAUAUUUAAAGUACUUAAUCUUGUUGUGGCACUAAGCACUUGAUGCGUAGAUAGAAGUAUGCUAAUGCUAGACUUGGCCUCUUUUGUUUUACUAAUAAAGUUUCUACUUGAGUUUGA